AAGUCAGGUAUAACGAGUCUAUUUCAGCACUGCUCUUUACUCUGAAAGAAUCAAAUCUACAUCUCCAAAAAUAGUCUGCAUCAAUGGUAAGGGAAUAUAACGAAUGUCUAAAGGUGCGAGAGAUAAUAGGCCGAAUAUCCCAACACCAACAUUCCUGCACGCAAAUCGAAUAUCGAAAACCAGACUCCGAAACUCACUGUGAAAUGUACCACCCUUCUCGCCACUCUUCCCUCAGAUCCGUUCAUCAAAUAGGCUCAUCGCAUAUCUCAGGAGCUGCAAACUCCAUUCUGCACCACAUGCCUGAGUCGCUUCUUCGAGUAGCAGGAGAUGGAGAUAUGAGUGUUUCGAGAUAUGUUGUUGACUCAGUAUAUGCCUCUCAUAUCAAUGUUAUGGUUGAGCUUUAGGAUACCUAUAUGCGUAGGUAGGUACCUAGAUAGGUUGGUAGUCGUUGCAGCUGGCUCAGUCUGUGGAAGGCUCAGUCACGUGUUUUGCACACCCCGGGUACCUACCGACCUAGUACCUUAGGUAAAGGGAACCCAAUCACUGAACUACGAUGUAUUGGGCGGAACUGCCUGUACAGGAAUACUUCAGGUUUCAUGUUUCCAUCUUUGAUUUUCUGGUCAACUGUACGCAGAAUACUUUCGCAAAGUACAGGUCGUUGGUCUUGAGAGAAGAGAAGAUGUGGAAAAGGGGUUUGCUGUCAAGGACUGCCAGUUCAACGAGACGAUACUAUGCAAAGGUUCCCGAACACACCAAUAUCACCUCAGGCGAGGAAAGGAAGCUAGAAUCAAUUCCAGCAAAGCUGGACAAGGCAGACUCGACAACCGAGAUAGAGGAAGUUGAAGCGGGUACAAACGCGCUGAAAAGACCAAUGACAAUACUCGAGCAGGAUGAAGAGCUCCGCUUAAAACUUGAGGGCAUAUCUGGGGGAGGUGGUGGAGCUGGAGUUGAAUAUGAAGGUGGCAAGGCGGUGGGGUUGAAAAGGGGCGUGAGGGAGAAUAUGUUCCGAGUGAUUUGAUACUGUAUCGUCCCCAGCUGCAUACUAUUGGAUGGGGUAUAACCAUCACGAAUAUUGAAUAUUGCCAGGAUACAACUCAGGCUUUAUUUGCU